CGCCAACUCUUGACAACCGGCGACGACGACGUCAAGAGCAAGCAAAAAUGGGUCGCGUUAUUCGCAAUCAGCGGAAAGGUCGAGGUUCGAUCUUUACCGCAAAUACUCGCCUGAACAAGGCUCCCGCGGCGUUCAGGAACCUGGAUUAUGCUGAAGCUCACGGAUACAUCCGCGGAGUGAUUAAGGAGAUUAUCCAUGACCCCGGCCGAGGAGCUCCUCUUGCAAAGGUUCAAUUCCGCGAUCCCUACCGAUUCAAGCUCAGAUUGGAGACGUUCAUUGCGAAUGAGGGCAUGUACACCGGUCAAUUCAUCUAUGCAGGAAAGAACGCUGCCCUGACGGUCGGCAAUGUCUUGCCUCUUGGAUCUGUCCCCGAAGGAACUGUCGUCUCGAACGUUGAGGAGAAGCCUGGAGACCGUGGUGCUCUCGGACGCACAUCCGGCAACUAUGUUACGGUCAUUGGCCAUAACCCAGAUGAGGGAAAGACCCGUGUCAAGCUUCCAUCCGGCGCCAAGAAGGUCAUCAAGAGCAGUGCGCGUGGAAUGAUUGGCAUUGUUGCUGGAGGUGGACGAACUGACAAGCCGUUGUUGAAGGCAUCCCGUGCUAAGCAUAAGUUCGCUGUCAAGCGCAACUCCUGGCCAAAGACCCGUGGUGUUGCUAUGAACCCCGUCGACCAUCCUCACGGAGGUGGUAACCACCAACAUAUUGGUAAGGCCUCUACCAUCUCGAGAUACGCUGCACAAGGUCAAAAGGCUGGUCUCAUUGCCGCUCGGAGAACUGGUUUGCUGCGUGGUACUCAAAAGGUCAAGGAUUAGACGGCUUGAUAUUGGGGGUUUCUCAUUGUAUUGGACUUGCUGGCUACGCAUUCAUGUGCCUUUCGGAUGGACUGGAGCAUUGCGAGAACGAAUACAAAACAUGACACAAGUACUUGCCGUUAAUGUGGCCAGGGAUCAGACACCCUGGGGUGCAAAGUGACGUGACUGCUCAUGUAUUGGACAUUUCGGCACCAGCGAAAAUAAUGACAAACUUAUUAAGUGCAUGAAUUGCGGUCAGAAUCGAAAUCUGAAGCACAU